AUCCCACAGGGGAAAGGGCCCGUGGCCCCCGGCCUCCGCCCAUGCAGGGCCUCACCGACCGCAUGGGAGCCCCAGCUGAUCCUGCCUGACCCCAGCAGGUGGUUGGGAGAAGCCUCUUGAAGCACUGGGACUCCUGUUUAGCCAAAGAUGGGAGGCAGAUGGAAGCACUUUCAGCCCUGAAGCCUGGGCUCAUAACAAGCGGGGGUUAUGAAUCUCAGGUGAUGGGGGUUUCCCCUUUAUGCAAAAUAUUUCUACUCUUCCCUGUCCCUCCAAACUGUGUUUGAGACCUAGUGAGGCCAGCCCUGGCCGCUGCGGCUCUGCAGAUUGAGUGCCGGCCUGCAGACUGAAAGGUCAACAGUUUGAUUCCCCGCCUGGGCACGUAACUGGGUUUCGGGCCAGGUCUCCAAUUGCUGUUUCUCUCCCUCUCUUUUUCUCUGCCUUCCCCUCCUUCUAAAAAUAAAUAAAUCUUAAAAAAAAAAAAAAAAAGAGUGGGCCAGAGAUGCCAGGCGGAAUUUACUCAAGAUUCUUUUGGCAUCUCGCUUUUCUGGCUGCUUCUCAUUUUCUAACCCUUUCCUGCCGGUGGUAACUUAUUUUGUUGGCAAAGUUAUGUCUUCUCCCUUUUGAAACUGCAUGAUCUGGCUUUUGUAUGCUGUGCAUCUAUAUAACCCUGUCUCUCUCUAAUUAUGUUUUUAGCAUUCAGAGUGAUUAACAGUGGCAAAGUUGCAGAUAUCAAGAAAGCCAACAACUUCAUGGGAGAACAAGACUUAUAUGCUUUGAAAUCUGUUAAGAUUCCAGUGAAAAACCAUGGGAUCCUAACAGAGACCCACACAGAACUCAGACCCCUCCUCCGCCCGUCCUCAGAGACCUGGGUGACCUUCGAGGAGCCGCCAGACCAGGACGGGGUGGCUGCCGGCACCGCUGCCAGCCCGCUGACGGAUUUCUUCAAAGGCAUUGACCAGAACAUCGAGCAGGCGGUGCGGUCGGAGAUCUUUGUGAAGGACAGUUGCUGCGCGGAGCCCCCCGGUCAGCCGCUGCCCCCGGCUCCUGUGAAGACGCUGGCAGACGGGGCGGACCGUGGGGUUCAGUGGUGGAACGCCGUUUGCAUCAUGCUUCUCGUGGGCGUUGUCUUACCAGUGUUUUAUUUGGUCUAUUUUAAAAUACAAGCGACGGGGGAGAUUCCUGGGAGCUUGAACUCAACUGCUGUCCCCAAUGGCUCGGUGGCAGUGAGUGCAGUUCCAGGGCAAGCCCCCAAAGCGGCGAUUCCAGUGGCAGCCACCCCCUCUCUGCACAGCCCCCUCAGGCCGACCACCUUGGUGGGGAACUAGCCGCCGCUGCUGUGGCUAAAGCCUCAGGUAGCCACGGGGCUCACGACCCACAUCUGCUGGCACGGGCCGCCUCCUGGGCUGCUGCAUGUACUUCCCUGUGGGACUGGGACCCGUUCCAGGAGCCACCAGUGGGUCCUUCCUCAACACCCUCGGUGCAGAGCAUGCCCUGUCCUCGCCUAAUGCGCGGCUGUGGAGCCGAACCACCAACGCCCGCGGCCGCCUGUGCCCUGCAGGUGCGGCAGGAGAAACACUGACACGUGUCUGGAGGGCUGCGCAUCCUCACGACAGCGCCGUGCGGCCCCCAGAGCGGGCGUGCGGGGCUGGAGCCCCGGGCAGCUCUGGUCGCCUGGCUGUCGGCAGGGCCCCUGCCUGCUGCCGCUGAGAGAGACCGGCUCUGGCCAGUGGUGCUCUCUGCCCCCCUGGCAGGAGGUGUGCCCAGUGGUGAACGCCACCCUGCCCCGUAUCUGCCUCACCAGCUCACCUUGCUGAGGCUACGUCACUUCUAAAGUAAUAAAAAAUGCCCUGAAUCCUGGUUGCCACAGGGUUCCACUUGUCACCACUGACUUCACUGGGUGGGGCCCAGCCAGUAUCCUGUGGGAAAAUGACUUUUGUCCAGCAAAGAAUGAAUUAACUGUAUCCUCCAAAUGGAAUAAAAUAAUUUCUUCUAUGAAGGAAAACAGAUUCCUGUUUUUUUUUCUUUUUUUUCUUUCAACUUGGGGGCCAGUAAUUGAAAACUAAAAGGCGUGCGAAACAUUGGAGAAGACAGGAGUGAGGUGUCCCGGGCUUGUGCCCAAGGUGAAGGCCACCCGCUGUCUGGCUGACUAGUGCUCUAAACGGUUCGCUGGGUGUGCACACCGGAGGCCGUGAAGCUGGUUUUCUACAUAUCUUACUACGGUUUGGGUGUCUUCCCGUUUCAAAGAAGCGGUGAAGUGUGU